AUGACCACCCGUGUUGAUGGCCAUUCCUGGGCUCUUUCUGCUAUCGAUGAGUUUAAAGUUCAGAAGAUUGUAACACCGCUAAAUAAAGAUACUAUUCCAGUCACUGAUUCACCUGUUGUUGUGCAGCAACACAUGCUGCCACCUAAGAAGUUUGUUCUGCUUUCAGCUCAGGGGAGUUUUAUGUUUCAUAAACUCAGACCUGUUGAUCAGUUGCGGCAUCUGCUUGUUAGCAAUAUAGGUGGAGAUGGAGAAGAGAUUGAAAGAUUUUUCAAGUUGCAUCAGGAGGACCAGGCCUGUGCCACUUGCCUUAUCUUGGCGUGCUCUAACGCUGCGUGUGAUAGAGAAGUAUCUGCCUGGGCUACUCGAGCAUUCUUCAGGUAUGGUGGAGAAGCACAAAUGAGAUUUCCGUCAGCUCUGCCUCCUCCAGGCAAUAUUGGACCUAUUUUGGGUUCUCCUCUUUCUAGUGUGACAGGUCCAGGUGGAAGAUGGCACCGUUCUGCUGCUGCUACUUACUCCAUUUGCCCAAAGGUGACCCCCUUGACUACUGAUACUCCGUAUACUAAUUUUAGCUUUGUGACAACACCUGGGCAAGGUUUACAACCUGUUUGUGCAUCAACUCCCGUAUUUUCUUCUGGGAAUUCCGUGUCUCACCCUGGCGCAUCCAUUAGUGGCAUGAUGGGUCCUGAGAUAGUAUUUUCUGGAAGACACAAUGGCAUCUGCAUAUACUUUGCUCGGAUUAUAGGAAAUAUUUGGGAUGGCAGUAUAGUUGUGGAGAGAGUUUUCAAAAGUGGCAAUCGAGAAGUUGUUGCAGUAGAAAGCAGUGUCCCAUCGCAUGUGUUGGAAUGUGUGCUACAAGAAAUGAAAGGUUUACAAGAAUUUCUGGAUAGAAAUUCACAGUUUGCUACAGUAGGAGCCCUUGGAAACCCAAGUUUUAGCACACCAGCCAAUCUGCAACAGCGGCUGGUGGGUUUCAUGCGACCAGAUGGUGGAAGCUCUCAGCAAGUCCAGCAAGAACUCCAGAGAAAGUAUCACGCUGAGGCACAGCUAACUGAGAAGACCUCCCUUCAAGGCAUCCAGCAACUUGUUCGCAAAACCUGCCAGGCAUUGGCUUUAUGGAAGUUGCUGUGUGAGCAUCAAUUCAGUGUUGUUGUGGGAGAGCUUCAGAAGGAACUUCAAGAACAUCUAAAGAUCACUGCCUUCAAAGACUUGGUAAUUAGAGACAGAGAGUUGACUGGAGCACUCAUUGCUUCUCUCGUAAACUGUUACAUCAGAGAUAACGCUGCUGUGGAUGGCAUCAUUGCCCAUCUGCAAGACAUCUGUCCUCUUCUUUAUAGCACUGACGAUGCUGUGUGUUCCAAGGCAAAUGAACUCCUUCAGCGGUCUCGACAGGCUCAGAGCAAGCUGGAAAAAGAGAAGAUGCUAAGAGAGUCACUGAAAGAGUACCAGAAGAUCAGCAAUCAAGUAGACCUUGCUAAUGUUUGUGCACAAUACAGACAAGUGCGUUUCUAUGAGGGAGUGGUAGAACUCUCUCUUACAGCUGCCGAGAAGAAAGAUCCCCAAGGUCUUGGCCUUCAUUUCUAUAAAAAUGGAGAACCAGAAGAGGAUGUUGUUGGACUUCAAGCUUUUCAAGAGAGAUUGAACAGCUACAAGUGUAUCACUGACACCCUUCAAGAGUUAGUGAAUCAGAGUAAAGCUGCUCCUCAGUCUCCCAGUGUACCUAAAAAGCCAGGUCCUCCAGUGCUGUCAUCUGACCCCAACAUGCUAAGCAAUGAAGAAGCAGGGCACCAUUUUGAACAAAUGCUAAAGCUGGCUCAGCGUUCAACAGAUGAACUCUUCAGUAUUGCACUUUACAACUGGUUGAUACAGGCUGACUUGGCAGACAAACUGUUGCAGAUUACUGCCCCCUUUUUGGAACCCUACCUUGUGCGGAUGACCAAGAUUGACCAAAACAAAGUCCGUUAUAUGGAUUUACUGUGGAGAUACUUUGAAAAGAACAGAAAUUUUAGUAAUGCAGGCAGAGUCUUGGCUAAGCUGGCUGACCUACAUAGCACAGAAAUUUCUCUUCAGCAGCGUCUUGAAUACAUUGCACGUGCCAUUUUGAGUGCCAAAAGUUCCACUGCCAUAUCCUCUAUAGCUGCAGAUGGUGAAUUCCUACAUGAACUAGAAGAGAAAAUGGAAGUCGCAAGGAUCCAGCUUCAAAUACAAGAAGCUUUACAGCGGCAGUAUUCCCAUCAUUCUUCAGUGCAAGACGCAAUCUCCCGGCUUGAUGCUGAACUAAUGGAUAUAACUAAGCUGUAUGGAGAAUUUGCCGACCCUUUUAAGCUCUCGGAGUGUAAGCUUGCAAUUAUACAUUGUGCGGGUCAUUCUGAUACUAUCUUGGUGCAAACUCUCUGGCAAGAAAUCAUUGAGAAAGAAUUGAGCGAUAGUGUGUCUCUGAGCCCCGCUGACAGAAUGCAAGCACUUAGUCUGAAGAUGGUACUGCUUGGAAAGAUAUAUGUUGGCACCCCUCGUUACUUUCCUUUAGAUUUUUUAGUGCAGUUUCUGGAGCAACAGGUCUGCACUUUGAACUGGGAUGUAGGUUUUGUAACAUACACCAUGCGGGAAAUUGGAGUGCCACUGCCACGGCUGCUUGAAGUGUAUGACCAGUUGUUUAAAGCACGGGACCCAUAUUGGAAUAGAAUGAAAAAACCUUUACACCUUUUGGAGAGUAUUCAUGUAUUAUUAUCAGGAUAUGUACAAGAACCAAGCAGAGUUCUUCUGAGGCGACGAUUCACGAAUUUUUGCCUGGAUGCUGUUAGUUGCUACCUGGUUGAACUUCAGUCUAUGAGUCCCACGCUAACGGUGCAGACUACUAUUGGGAAUUUUAAAUCACUACAGGCUAAAUUAGAACGACUUCACUGAUUGACUAAUACAAUAGCAGAAUCAUUAGCUCAUGUAAAAUGAACUGUGAAAUAAAAGUCAGAUGUCUGCACUGAAUCUCUGGAAGAACAAAUCCUCAGAAAGGAAUUCUGAGAAUGUUGUGGCUCCUGCUGCAGUUACCGAUUUUGUGGCCUGUAUUUGUGCUAUUCUAAAGGUAUCUACGAAUUGUAGAAUGUAAAUGUGACAAAUGAUGUUCCGUUUACUACUACCA